AGCAACACUGCGCCAUUUUUAAUGAAACCUGGGUGACGGAAAGAUCUGAAAAUGCGUCUUUCUCCGUAUUUGAAAAACCCGGGUGGUUUUUGAAGUAGAUCGCUUAUUUUGAUAUGCAGCGUGUUUUCCCGAGAUGAUGAAACAUUGCGGGGAGAUUUAUAAUGUGAUAUAAAAGAAUUGGAAAGAAUUCUCGGCACGAUAGAGAACUUUUCCAGUGAUGGAGGCCAUAUGUGAGGAGACUGAUGUGAAGGAGGAGGAGGUGGAGAGCUGUUGUAUGCUUGUGGACCUCACUUCAUCUAAGAAGAAGAGAAGGACUAAAGGCACAGCAGAACAUGCAGAGAAACCCAAAAAACCCAGGUCUGCCUACCUGCUGUAUUACUUUGACGUGCAUCAGAGGUUACAGCAAGAGCAUCCCGACAUGCCCCAGUCUGAGAUCAAUAAGCGCAUCAGCGACAGCUGGAAGAGGCUCAAUGUAGCUGAUAAAGGAUAUUACUUGGAGAGGGCCAAGAUGGAGAAAGAUGGCCUGGACCCAACCACACAGUCAUCCACUUCUCAAGACAUCCCAGGCUUCCGUAGAAUUCUGCCGAGAACCGACUACAUUCUGCUUCCAAAGACCUCUGUGGGGGAGGAUAGACCCGGUGCUUCUGUGGACAUCUGCAUGGACGGUGAUUCCCCUCUGACUCUGGGUAGUGAGGUGGAACUAGUGGAGCAGUGUGUCACUGUAGAGCCUCUCACUGAAGACACAGUUGUGCCUUUGAGUAGAUCCGUAGCACUUCAAGGAAUCCUGCCACAGUGUUCCACCUCAACGGGUAGAUUUCUGAGCUUCUCACAGCAGAGACCCCAGUCCACCAGCCUGGUGGUGAAGGAGGAUGGAAGUGGGGCAUCAAACAGGGCUUUUGGCAGAGCUUAUGACAUGGAAGUGGAGGAGGGGUUUGAGGGUGUGGCUGCAGUUUCACAGGUCAAAGCAGAGGCUACUCAUUUGGUAGCCAUCAUACCAAGUAAUGAGCUGGUAGAAAACAAAGUCCUCCCUUCAGUCAGUCCAGUAAUGAUGCUCCCGUUGGUGAACCAUGCCAAACCAGAGCCUAAACCCUCCUUUAAACUCUCCAUAAAGUACACUAGGAGGGGUCGAGGCUAUUGUAGCACUCCUGGAUGCUCUUUCACCUACGUGACUCGUCAUAAACCACCCCGGUGCCCUGACUGUGGACAGCAUCUCGGUGGAAAAUGGGUUCCAUCCGCAGCCAAAAAAUCAGGACCUGCUUCCAGUCCAUCUCAACAAAACCGAAAAGCUCAGACUGAUGGUUCCAGUUCCACUGCAGCGGCGUCUAAAGUGGCUAUUCAGAGCACCGUAAAGCCAUCAGACACGAUCACAGGACAAACACAAGCUCCCAAGAACAAAAACGACAAACUAAAUCCUAAAGUUCACCCUGAUGACUCUGCAGCACCUGAAAAUGCUCCUGGACCCUGGAAGAAAGAAAAGAUGGGCGUAGUUACAGUUUAUCAACCAGCCGGUGGCGCUUUUGAGAAAAAUCCCGAAGCUUUUCACCUGUCAGGAUCGACAGCUGUCAUUGGGUUAAGCGGUGGACGUGUCCGAGUCAUUAGCAAAGACACGGGUCAGAAACGGCGCAUUCGGGCCAUUCUCCCUGCACCUUCUACCCCAAGUAUUCCAGUUCAACCAGCUGUUGUUCAAUGGAUAGCAGUGCCUCCAAAUAAGAUUAAAGGUGACACAAAGCUCACUAGAACAGUUAAGCCACAAAGUGAGAGGAUUUUGAGCCUGAAACCGAGCACACUGAAGCAGCUGGGACACUCGGUUUCUCCCAGUGCCUUAGAGCAGAAUCCACCUGCAAUCAACAGCAGCCAGUACGUAGUGACCGACAGUGGAGUGAAGAUCCUGUCUAUGGUGCCUUUGAAGAAAAACUCAGGCUCUUCACUGGCUCUAGGCUUGUCCACAGCACGUGGCAGGGGCAGAUGUAAAAACCCCUCCUGUGAUUACGUCUAUAAGAACAGACACAAACCGCAGUAUUGCCCCAACUGUGGCUGCGAACUCGCCACCAAAGCAGCCAAGAAAGUCCCUUCGUCUCCUGAGCCGGUAGAUAUGUCCACGCUCCUGUUGGAUCCAUCGCAACCUUUGACCCCAAGCCAGAGAGAGCUCCAGCGUCAGUCCACUGUGACGCUGCUUAAACAUAGCCUGCAGUUCCCUGAGAACGAAGCCGAGCUCCAGGAAAUCCUCGCACACAUCCACAACCUCAACCAAGCGCACAGGAAGAGAGAAGAAGAAGACGGUGAGAAGGAUGGCGAGAAGGACGGAGAGAGGGAGGAGCAUUGUGUUUCACCUCAGGAAGGAUGGCCGAGCUUCUAUGAGCCGACAGCCACUCACUGCAGUCUGUGUCACUAUCCUCUUUACAGAGGAGCAGAGAGUUGUUCUAUAGCAGGGCAGCAGCAAUGUUGGUUAGUGACAGAGUUUCUACUGCAGCCGGUCUCUCUGCAGUUGAAGGUGUGUCUGAACUCACAAUGCCUGGCUGUACACAGCUUCACCAGCCUCUACCCAGGUUUGUUUAAUGUGGGCAACCAGCUGCUGGUGAGCUUGGACUUGUUCUUUAAUAUCCGGGGUCAGAUCAAACAGGGACAGGACCCUUCACUCGCAGCCCUCGAUAUAAUCAACAACACACACAGUCCAUCGGGUUGUGUGUUAAGUCCAGAUGAACAGACCCGCUUGCAGGAGUUAUUGUGCAGUGGUUACUGGGCAUUUGAGUGUCUGACAGUGCGUGAUUUCAACGACAUGAUCUGUGGAAUUUGUGGCAUCGCCCCUAAAAUGGAAAUCGCACGACGCAAUACAAACAGCGUCCUACAGCUCAAAAACGUGGAGUUCACUUGGCCAGAGUUCCAGGCCUCAGACGAGGUACAGGUGGAGGAGUUCUGGCUGGCAAUGGAGAGCGAAGCCCUGGAGCAGGCAAUCUUUCCUUCCAGUAUCUCCAUCACACGCUUUGAUGCCUCCAUCAUCGCUCCCUUCUUUCCCCCGCUGAUGAGGAGCUCUAUUGUCAUUAACACAGAGAAGGACAAGAUCACCACCAACACGGAACACACAGGAGACUUGGGCAGGUUAAUGCGUUUAAUCCUUGAUGGUCAGCUAAGACCAGAGCAGAUGGACCAGCACACUGAGGAGGAGCUAUUGUCCAUACUUGAGCAAUGUGGGGUACCUUCAGCACCAAACAGCACAAAGGAUGAGUUGAUGGUGGCUGUGUGUUUGCUGUACACACAAGUACAGAAUGGCUUUUCAGCAGCCCCACAACCUGCUGAACACCUCACUGCAGGAAAACUCAGCAAGGUGUGCCCUCACCAGGUCGUGUGUGGCUCGAAGUACCUGGUGCGUGGAGAAAGUGCCCGUGAUCAUGUAGAUCUGCUGGUGUCUUCUCGUUUCUGGCCACCGGUGUACGUAGCAGACUGUGCACAGAAGGUGGCGCUGUGUGCAGAAGCACUAUACCCAGAGCUGGCGUCUCAGAUGUGGGGGAGGAACCAGGGCUGCUUCUCCGAUCCCAUGACUCCUGCAGAGUACGUCUCCUGUCCUGAGCUCCAGGACCAGCAGUACAAUAUGGACCUCUCCUCUGUGGACUCCAACUCCCGUGUUCACCCUCACACCAAGUCUCCUUUGCGCUAUAUAGUGCAUCCUGGAGAUCCACCCAUCUCCUCCUCUUCUUCCUCCUCCUCCUCCUCUUCUUCCUCAGACCCUCACCGUGCCAUGACUCUUUGUAAGGAGCUGCAGUCUUACUCCAGUCUGGUUUCAUCCAUAAGCAGUGGGUUAGAAGAGAACGAGAGCGAGUCUGAGGUAAAAGGAAAGCAAAGGAUGCUCGUGUUCAACAACGCAGCGCACUACUACCUCUACAACCGGCUAGUGGACUUCCUGAGCAGCCGAGACGUCGUGAGCCAGCAGAUGGCUGAGGUGCUGAGGGUGUGCCAGCAAGGCGAGGUGGUGAUGAUCCGUGAUGCACUAUACAGACUCGGAGUGGCACAGCUCAACAGAGAAGAUGAGGAGAGGGAGCACGUGGGAGAGGAAGAAGAGACCGAGGGAGAUGCAGACGCUGUUGCCGUGGAUGAUGUGGUACUAGAAUGA